UAAAGGAGAGAAAAAAGAAAAAGAAAAUAAUUAAUUGAUCGUGUGUGACUGUGUAACCAAAAAAUUGCAAACCCUAUUUUGUUGAAUGGGAAGAUCGAUCCUAAGUACGGUCAGAUUCGCAGAACUCGCAAUAAGAGUCUCCUCCGAGAAUCCGAGCAGACCCCACAGAGCCACCACUCCUCCUCGGAACAAAGUCUCCGUCAAGAAGACGAGACAGUCACAGCUCGACGAUUACUCCAAUCGGGUUAAGCUGGAGAAGGCGGGAUCGCACUCGGGUUCAAAUCCCGCUCCGUGUUCGGAUCCAAAUCGGGUUCCGCUUGCUCAGGUCGUCGAGGAUUGCGUGAGACGGUGGUUUCAGGAUACUCUCAAGGAGGCUAAAUCCGGCGAUGUUGGUAUGCAGGUCUUGGUCGGCCAGAUGUAUUGCAGCGGCUAUGGUAUCCCCAAAGACGAACACAAGGGUCGUGCUUGGAUUAACAAAGCUUCAAGGUCUCGAUCAUCAGCUUGGCAAGUGAGUGACAAGCCUCCAGGUUAUAAUGCAAGCGAUUCAGAUUCCAAUGAUAAGAAAGAUUGACGACCAUUUGAAUGUUUGUAAUCCGGGAAUUGCCAGUGACUUGGAUUUGUUAGUUUCUCUUCCCCUUUGGUUUAAUCUUCUUGCUGUAUUCAUAUUUGAACCGUUGGUGUCAUUUCAAUGGUAAAAAAAAGGGCUAAGUC